UCAUUUGUUAAUUGUUAUCGGUUUACCUCCCCCUCUGCCACUGCCCACUGCGCUGCUCCUCCAGGCUCCUCCAGUUUCAGACCUUCGCCGAGCGCAGAAGAAGAUAACCCAAGGAUAGACAUGGGGGGAGCUGCCCUUCUCAGCUCCACAUUCUCCUCAAUACCCCUUCUCAACCCUUGCACUUCUUCUUCUCCUGCGCCUUCUCAACUUCGCCAAUUCCUCAAGUUUUCUCCCAAAUUGUUCACACAGGCGGGCUCUCGGAGCUCUCCUCGUAGUUCGUCUCUUGCCCACGAGGAGGCAGCUCUAGAUUCAACGGCGGAUUCUUCUCUUGCGCCAUCAUCACCUUCGCGUCCGAGACUUACGUUGUCCAAGAUUGAUAAAACCGGGAGGUUCUGUAGCCCCAGAGCCGCCAGAGAGCUUGCUUUGAUAACGACAUACGCUGCGUGUUUAGAAGGGACUGACCCAGUUCGGUUGUUUGAGAGACGCUUGAAUGCCAGAAGAGAGCCUGGAUAUGAAUUCAACAAAAUGUCAUUAUUGGACUACAAUCACAUGAGUUUUGGAGGACCCCCCAUCACCGUUGAUACAACUGAGGAAGCCGACAAGCUUUUGCAUGAUUGUGACAAGGAAUCCGCAAUUGAGACUGCAGUUCUUUCAGCCCCGCCAAAGUUGGUAUAUAGCAAACUAAUUUUGCGUUUUACGAGGAGCCUUUUGGUUGCAGUCGUGGAUAGGUGGGAUAGUCAUGUGCUUGUUAUUGACAAGGUUGUUCCAUCGAAUUGGAAGAAUGAGCCAAACGGCAGGAUUCUGGAGCUCUGUAUUCUCCACUUGGCAAUGUCUGAAAUAACAGAGAUAAAAACACGGCAUCAGAUUGUCAUUAAUGAGUUAGUUGUGUAUAUUCAUGAAGGCUGUUGAUCUUGCAAAACGAUUCUGUGAUGGAUCAGCACCUCGUAUUAUCAAUGGAUGUCUCAGAACCUUUGUCAGGGAUCUUGAAGGAAGUGAUGUGAGUCAGACUUAAGAAGUUCAGCAUAAUGUGGUCAGCUAAUGUGCAGGGUGGACUCAUUUGGAGGUUGCUACUGGCUUUUUCAUUCUCAAAACUUCCACAACUAAGAUGGGUGGAAGAGCCCAUGUCAAGAAAUGCUGAGAGUUCAAUUUACAGUCAUGGGCAUGAAAGGUGUCCCUCGGUAUAAGGAAGCCACUGUCAAAACCAGUCAGGAGUCUGAUAAUGUUAGAACCUGGAAGUAUAGUUGAAUAUUAUGUUGUACAUGGUGUCCCUCGGUUGUGGUAAUUUGGAGAUCCGAUGUUGUUUGUAAUCUCAAGUCUCUCAUAAUCUGAUAUUUGUCACCCAUGUUCUUACAGUUUUUCAAUGUAGAUCCUGUGUGAUAAUUAAGAUGAUUAUUUACAUAUUGUGAAAUUUUCUCAGCAAGCAGCAUUGAAUUUUGCAUUCCUCAGC